AUGACCGCCGGAAACGUCCCCAAGACCCACCAUGAGUACCGCGUCACCGGCGCCAGCAAGUCCUUCGACUCGCUCCAGUUGAAGGAAGGCGUCGAGACAAAAGCGCCCAAGGCAGACGAGGUGCUCGUGCGCAUGCAUGCCGUCUCUCUCAACAACAGGGACCUCCAGAUCGCCAACGGAACCUACCCCUCGCCAUUCGAGACCAACAUAAUUCCCGUCUCUGACGGCGCAGGCGAGGUUGUCGCCGUUGGAGAGGGAGUCCAGAAGUGGAAGAAUGGUGACAAGGUCAUGGGGAUUUUCACGCAGGACUUGAUCAACGGCCAGCUCGACGACCCCUCGCUCUUCGCCGGCACCCUCGGCGGCGGCUGCGACGGCGUGCUCACCGAGUACCGCAUCUUCCCCGCCCACGCACUCGUCCGCAUGCCCGAGGGCUACAGCUACGAGGAGGCUGCGACGCUCCCUUGCGCGGCUGUGACGGUUUACAACGCCAUCUUCGGCGGGAACCAGCCGCUCAAGCCGGGCGCGUUUGUCGUCUUGCAGGGCACGGGCGGCGUUUCCGUCUUUGGCGCUCAGCUCGUUGUAGCGGCCGGAGCAAACGCGAUCAUUACCUCUUCCUCGGACGACAAGCUCCAGCGGGUCUCGAAUCACAUCAGGAACUCGCACAACCACGGUGGCGCCGGCCGACUGUACACGAUCAACUACAAGACGAAUCCGGACUGGGAGAAGGAGGUGCUCAAGAUAACGAAGGAUGGGAGGGGUGCGGAUAAGGUGGUCGAGAUCGGUGGCGCGGGGACUUUGCAGAAGAGUUUGGCUUGCUUGAGGCAGGGUGGCGAGAUUGACGACAUUGGCUACCUCGCAGGCGGCGAGUCUGGCGGCGUGCAAGGCAUUCUCGGCGGCAUCCUCAGCAAAGCUGCGACGCUCCGCGGUAUCCUCAUCGGCAGCCGCAAGCACCUCGAAGACCUCGUCGACUUCCUUGAGACGGGCAAAAUCCACCCCAUCAUCGACAGGACCUUCGGGUUCGAAGAGGCCAAGGAGGCGUAUACAUACAUGAGCAAGGCGACGCUCGUAGGAAAGGUCGUCAUCAAGGUGUGA